AUGUCUCUUAUCACAUACCUUCUCAUCAUCACUGUGAAUCUGACUCUGAUCAUAACAAUCAUUCAGGAGAAAGGUCUCCAUGAGCCCAUGUAUAUAUUUCUGUGUAGUCUAUGUAUCAAUGGAUUGUAUGGAACUGCUGGUUUCUACCCCAAGUUCUUACUGGACCUUCAGUCAGAUGUUCAGGUGAUAUCUUAUAGUGGAUGUUUGAUUCAAACCUUUGUAAUAUACACAUCUGUCAUGUGUGAAAUGUCUAUUCUAACAGUGAUGUCUUACGACAGGUAUGUGGCGAUAUGCAGACCACUACUAUAUCAUACCAUUGUGACAUCUUUAACUGUUAGAAAGUUACUCUUAUUGUCUUGGUGUUAUCCUUUAUUUAUAGGACUCAUAGUAGUUAGUUUAACCGUCAGAGUUCCUUUGUGUGGAUCUCGCAUUGAUAAGAUCUGUGACAUUCCGUCUAUACUGAAACAUGCAUAUUGUCAGGACUUGUGUAAAGUCAGCUAA